GAAUGUCUUCUGUCUGUUGAUUUUGGUGAUUGUCCAGAGUCCACGUUAGUAAGUACUAGGUACUAUUAUAACAAAGACAAAGACCAAUGCGAGGCAUUCAGCUUCAAUGGAUGUGGUGGAAACGCUAAUAAUUUCGACACGUUAGCAGAAUGUGAAUCGAUGUGU